GCAUACGCGAGCGAUGACGUCACAGGUGGAGGACUCGAGGUGAUUCGUGAAACGCACACACCGCACGACUGGGCGUGUUUACUCCAACGCUCGUUCGCUGCAAUCGGAGGCUCUCGCACGAAUUAGUAUCCGAAGAGGGCCACGGGAAGAGAGCUCGAGGGAGAGAACGAGCGAAGAUGCGUACAAGUUGAAGCCACCAAGUGCCAUACGAGUGUCCCAUGAAGCGCUAUUAGCGACGAUACCCCAUCGCAACUGAAAAAAGUGCGCGCUCGCCAUACCCGGAGACGGCUAUCGUUCGCCCCGCGAUGACGUCGAACGUCGUCGGCUGCUGGCUGUGCCUGCUGCUGCUGGGCGUUGCCGUGGUCGGCCAGUACGAGUGGCAGACCCGCGACGCCUUCGACGAGAUCCGUAUGCGGAUGGACAAAGUCAACGAGGACAACUGUCCGAUACAGCACCUCGGCGAUCUGUAUCUGCCGGAGGACACGGUGUCGCACCUGCCCGACAUCAAGGACAUCAACAUCAAUCCGGUGUUUCCUAACCGCACGGCCCUCCUGCACCUCCACAACAUGGCACUCAGCAGGAGCUUCUUCUGGAGUUACAUCCUGCAGUCGCGCUUCAUCCGCCCGGCGAUCAACGACACCUACGACCCGGGCAUGAUGUACUACUUCCUGUCCACGGUGGCCGACGUGUCCUCCAAUCCCUACAUCAACGCGUCGUCCAUCUACUUCUCACCUAACACGUCCUACUCGCCAACCUACAGAGGCUUCUUCAACAAGACCUUUCCCAGAUUUGCGCCGCGCACCUUCCGCGCAGACGAUUUCAAUGAUCCUAUACACCUGGAGAGAAUAUCCACUAGGAAUACGUUUACCGUACAGGACCUGGGGGCAUUUCCUAAUACCAGGCUCAGCGACGAUUACACCACCGACUUUUAUCGCAUAAAUGAAUGGUACAAGAAAUGGUUACCGGAUAACGUGGAAAAGAGGCACGACACUAAAACGACCUAUCAAGUAGAAAUUCGAUACGCGAACAAUACAAACGAAACAUUCACGUUCCACGGUCCACCAGGUGCCGACGAGUAUCCCGGGCCUGUGAAGUGGACGAGACCGUAUUUCGAUUGCGGUCGGUCGAAUCGGUGGAUCGUGGCUGCGGUGUCGCCUGUUGCCGAUAUCUACCCACGGCACACUGGCUUCAGACACAUCGAAUAUCCGACGUAUACCGCUGUCUCGGUGAUGGAAAUGGAUUUCGACAGAAUAGAUAUAAAUCAGUGUCCAAAGGGUAAAGGAAACAGUGGGCCUAACAGAUUCGCCAACAGCGCGAGGUGUAAAACUGACACUACGGAGUGCGAGCCGAUACACGGUUGGGGCUUCAGGAGAGGAGGGUAUCAGUGUAGGUGCAGACCGGGUUACAGACUGCCGACCGUUGUGCGACGGCCGUACCUCGGGGAAAUAAUAGAAAGAGCCACGCAAGAGCAGUACUACAACGGUUUCGAUUGCUCACGGAUUGGCUGGAUUCACAAAAUGCCGGUGCAAUGGGAGCAGGCGAAGCCCUACAUCAGAGAGAAGUAUCUCGAGCGGUUUCAUCACUACAGAAAUUACUCAACCGGUCCGGACUCGCUCCAGCAGACAAAGAUGAACAUCGACCAGGCCCUCAAGUUCAUCCUAGGCGUAAAUGCGCGAACUUGCAAGAAUUACGCGCCGCAGGAUUUGAUGUUACGCGGCGACAUUAGCUUCGGCGCGGAAGAAUUUUUCGAGAACGAGGCGAAGAUGGCGACGAGAUUGGCGAAUUUCAUCAGCGCGUUCUUACAAGUGUCCGAUCCCUUGGAAGUUUACUCCGGCAAGAGAGUGGCCGACAGACCGCUCACGGAAGACCAGAUGAUAGGGGAGACGCUGGCCCUGGUACUCGGCGACACGAAGAUCUGGUCAGCUGGCACCUUCUGGGAUCGUAAUAAAUUUACGAAUAGGACGUUCUUCGCUCCGUACGCUUACAAGACUCAGCUGAACACGCGCAAAUUUAAGCUCGAAGACUUGGCCAGGCUCAACGAUACAGACGAGGUGUACACACGAAAAAGCUACUUCCAAGUGCUAAAGAAGCGUUGGGCGACGAACUUCGACCAGCUGGAGAAAUACUACAUGAAAAUAAAAAUUCGAUUCAACGAAACCGGGGAGUAUAUGAAGAAGUUCGAGCACUAUCCGAAUUAUUACAGGGCAGCAAACCUGGACCAUGGACACUGGACAAGUCCGUACUUCGAUUGUAACGGCAAGGUGAAGAAGUGGGUAAUUACCUAUGCAUCCCCGUUUUUCGGCUGGGACAGCUUGAAGGAGAAACUGGAAUUCAAGGGUGUCGUGGCUGUUACGAUGGAUCUGCUUCAGUUGGACGUAAACCAAUGCGAUGAUAAAUUUUAUCAACCGAACGCAUUUAAGGACACACACAAGUGCGACAGAAAGUCGUCGUAUUGUGUACCCAUUCUUGGAAGAGGAUUCGAGACAGGUGGAUACAAAUGCGAGUGCAAACAGGGCUUUGAGUAUCCAUUCGAGGACCUAAUCACGUAUUACGAUGGGCAGCUAGUUGAGGCGGAAUUCAACAAUAUCGUCAAUGAUAAAGAGACAAGAUAUGAUAUGUUCAAGUGUCGAUUAGCUGGUGCUGCGUCAAUUCAAGUCAGUUGGGUACUAAUAUUAUCAGCCAUAAUAUUAUUCUUCCCACGUUAUCUUCAGAGAAGAUAAACAUAAAAUACUUUUAGUACUUUGUGAAACAAAGUAUAUAAUUACUGCAUUUUUAUAACAGCAACUAAAAUUGAUGCCGUCCAAUAAUUGAUCCACACCGUCCAUUGUAAAUGUAAGUUAUAUAGUAUAUACAUAUUAUAUAUGAUGUUAAAGAGAUCAGCAAAAGGAAUACCGGCCAAAUUAUUAAAUGAUAAUUUCCUUUCUUGGCUACGACAAAUCGAUAUGAUAUUUUGUUUAAUUUUAUAUCUACGUAAUGCAACACACACGCGCACACAUACACGAAUAUAGUUCGUGUUUUAUAUUGCAUUUAGAGAUUAUGUGUGUGUAAGAUCUGGCCUUGUUUACAGAACUCUUUAGAAAAUGUUAUUAUGAAGAUAAAGUUUAUAUAUUUAUAUUUCCUCUUCUGAUUAUAAUUAUAAUUAACAAUGACACUAAAGAUCUGAUGAUUACAUGACUGCUGUAAUUCGUAAUUCUCAUAACAGAACAUAUGAUAAUUUUCAUCCUUAUCAUUUGUAGUUCAUGUGAUAUAUAUAUAAAUACUUAGACAUUUAUAGAGAGGUGUAAAGAAGUGUUUUCUGUAACAUUGACUUUUAUAUUUUCGAUUUUAACAUAAAGAACCGUGCAUAAAUAUGUGCAAAAAUAUGUGUGUUCAAGGUAUAACAUUUUGAUAUAAAUACUUUUGUAGACGUAAGAUAUGUAAGUGUCCGAGAAAAGGCUUAAUCAUAGUCUCAGUGCAUUCACAUAGUAUGUACAUAUAUGCACGCAUAUGAUUACACAAAUUUCAUAUGUAUACUAAGAUUCUUUUAUAUUAGAAACAUUCCAAAGCUAAUUUUUAUACUCACAAUACAACAUAAUCUCCACAAGAUUUUAAUUACAAAUAUUACAAAAUUACAAAUAUUUUUAAUUAUAUGUAAUUUUACAAAGUAUACCAAUUACCACUUCUCAUAUAUUUUAAUCUGCAAAAUACAAUUAAAACAAGAAAAGAACAGCAUAUUUCUGGUUGAGACUGUAUUUAUAAGAAAACAAUAAUUCGAAUAACAUAAUUUUAUCACUGACCAUUUCAGAGUCGAAAUUCUCAAAGUUAUGUAUAAUUGCAGGUUUCUUUGUAUUAAUAUAUUUUGUACUUUUUAUAUGCAAUAAAGAUCUGACUUUGUAUUAGGUA